UUUCAGGCGAUGAGGAUAUGAGUGAAGGUUUUGUUAUCGGAGGUCGCGAUGGCCGUGAGCUUCAAAGAUUACUGAGAGGCAACGAAGCGAACGGCGCAAUCCAAAGCGAGCAGAGAAUUCGUGUUUUCGUCUACGAAGAAGGAAUAGAGCGGUUUUCAGAGUGGUUUCUUAGCUGGUAUCGGGCAGCGGUUAGCAGUUUUCAGGUGGUGUGGUGGUGGAGGAGCGUUCUUAAGAGUUUUCCUUAUCACUAGGUGGUAUUCCAGUUGAUGGUUGCAGUGAGAAGAGUUUUUUCGCCAUGAACGGUAAUGGAUACAGCAUAAUGGAGUCUGAGUAUAUAUGGAGACAUCACAGACACGAGAUAAGAGAGAAUCAGUGUAGUUCUGCUCUUGUUAAACACAUCAAAGCUCCUGUUCCUCUCGUAUGGUCUUUGGUAAGGAGAUUCGAUCAACCACAAAAUUAUAAACCCUUUAUCAGUAGGUGCGUUGUGCAGGGGGAUCUUGAGAUUGGUAGUGUUAGAGAAGUAAAUGUUAAGUCUGGGCUUCCAGCCACAACCAGCACUGAAAGGUUGGAGCUUCUUGAUGAUAACGAGCAUAUCCUCAGCAUCCGGAUUGUCGGCGGGGAUCACAGGCUAAGGAACUACUCAUCAAUCAUAAGCCUUCAUCCAGAGAUCAUUGAUGGGAGACCAUGGACCCUAGUGAUUGAAUCAUUUGUGGUGGACGUGCCUGAUGGGAAUACCAAGGAUGAAACUUGCUACUUUGUUGAGGCCCUGAUCAAGUGCAACCUCAAAUCAUUGGCAGAUGUCUCGGAGCGGCUGGCGGUGCAGGACCGAACCGAACCAAUAGACCGAACCUGAGUAGAUGGUGUUGGUCAGGAAGAGAUGGGAUGGUGGAGGCUCCGAUCACCAUGGAUGAAGCUUCCAAGGCUUUCGGAUCUUGGAAGCUUUGGAGACAGACUGGUAACAGAUUUUUCUUCCCUCCAGGGGGGACUUUCUCCCUCUUCUGCUUUUAUUUGUUCUCGUUUUUUGUUGUUAAAAAUGAUAAUGGAAUCUCCUGUGUUUACUCUUUAGUACCUCAAGAACAGCAUCUCUUGUCAUAGAAACUCUUCUAUGAAUUAGACCAAAAAAAAAAAGGCAAAAAAGAAUACUAGGUUCUCUCCUGA